AUGAAGAAACUUGUAAAAUCCUUGGAAAAAGAACUUUCCCAGUUCAAGCAAAAGAAGGAAGAGUAUUUCCAGAUUUUGCUAGACAAAGGUUUACUACCAAAGAAAGAACAGAAGGCAGAAAACAGAAAAAGAAUGGCUGAACUUAACAAUGCUGUAGAUGUUCCAUCAGUGGGGUUCAUGUCUGAUGAUGAUGACGACGACAACGAUGAUGAUGUAAGAAAAAAGAAAGUAGAAGAAAUGCCACAAUCGUUUGAUGUUAAGAGCAUUAUUGAAGAAUUCCGUGCCUUUCCUCAAAUGCUAUCUCCUUUACCACUAAGUGAUGAGGAUGAACUGAAUUCUUCAUUGGAUAGCUCUGAAAAAUCUACUACUUCCCCCUCUGUUCCUUUGCAAAUCACAAACCUCUCAGUUGGGGACAAAUCUGUUGAUGACACAAUUGUCCCUAAAAGGACAGAAAAAUUGAUUUCUUCCUUAGAAAAUAAUUCUCUUGUUAAAAAGCCUAAUGUCCUUUCUGAAUCUGAUAUCAAUAAAGCUGAUCAUUCUUUCCAGCCUGUUUCCGGUGAAAAGGGAUCUUAUGAUCCAGACGGUCUAUUUGACGCUGCUGACAGUCUUUUGAGGCUGAGUGGUCAUGGUAUCAUAAAUGGUUCAUAUUCAAGUGAUAAGGAAAAUGAACUAGAGAACAUAUCUGACAAAUUGAUUCCGAGUGAAACCGAACUAAAGAAAGUAAACAAGACAGACAAUGUUCCCAGUUCAGUUGACGGACUGCAUUUUUUCCAAUAUGACUCUGCCGAAGAUUCUCAACACAUGAAAACUGAUUCUGGCAAUGGUGAAAACAAGACAAGCCUUUUCUUACAGUCAGAUUCCCUAACUCAAUCCAAACCGACAGCCACUGAAGCAAACUGCACCAUGCAAGUGGAUGCUUCACAACCUUCUGCUGAUAAAAAGUGCCUCAACUCUCAGCAAAGACUGCUUCGAAAAAGCAGAGCCUUGCACCGUAUCUGUCCCCCGCGUGUUACUUCUUCUUCAAAGGACUCCAAGUCAGAUUCAAAGAAAUUGUCAAAAAAUACCAAACCAAAAGUUUCCCAAAAUUCUUCCACUGCAAAAGUGCCUGCAUCAUCUUGCCAUUCCCCCAAGAUGAAUAUUUCCUUAGAGACAAACCCAAAACCAACUGCUGAAGAAUUAGGAGCACCAAAUAUGGAAAUUAUAAAUUCUGCUGAACCAGAAAAAGUAUCAACUCUUGUAGAGUCGGUUAAUGGCAAGGAAAAUGUGCAAUCAGUUCGUAAAAGGAAGCUGAACGUGACCAAAGAUUCAAUUGAGGUUCCCAACGAAAAAAAACAGUGCAAGAAAAACAAUGCAAUUUUGAGUCGUGCCCGGACAUCACUUAUGAAAGUUGCUGAACGGGAGUUUCAAACAUAUUGGAAAUAUCCAAGCACCCCUCCUAGUCAGGUUUUACAAAAACUUCUACAGUCAAAUCGAGAAGCUGAGUUGAUUGUCGAAGUUGUUGCCAUUCAGGCUGUGAAGUUGUUGUCAUCAACAACAGACAAUAUGCUCGCGUGGUAUGUCACCAAGUGUAAAUCCAAUGCACCAACGCCAUAUUUCUCUGAUAAGGAAAAGCAACUUCUGAGACUUUUUUGUCUCUUUAAAAGGAAAAAAGAAAUGGAUAAUAUUUUUACAAAAUUCCGAGAAUGUUUGCAAGAUGCACUGACAAAACAAGACUGGGAUUCCACAAGUUUGGGAAAAUGGUCACUUUGUCGAAUGUAUAUAGCAAUGUGCAGAUUAGAAGGUCUCCUCAGUGAAGCCCGUGUGUUUUUCUACAACAGCUUUUGCCGCCUUCCGUCUGAUCAGUACAUGACAUUUUCUGUGAUCACAGCUUGCACUUGGCCAUUGGUUCUCUCUUAUGAAAGAAAAGCUGGUCGUAUAUCUCUCUUCCAUGUUAUUGAAUAUGUGGUUAUUAAAUCUAUCAGCAAGAAACAACACAAUAAAAAAUAUUUUGAAUGUUUGGUGAAACAUUGCAAAUGGAAACCUGGGAUCACCAAAGACAGUGACAUUCAAAGAUCUUUGUUUAGUCAUCUUCAUGAUUGCAUUGAGACGGGAGCAACGAAAGAUGAAAUUUUUUGUUAUGUCAAAGGAGUUGAACUUCUGAGUUUGCAAGAAAAAUGGCUGUGGACAGUGAGUCUCUUUCGCAGUCGAAUAAAUCAUUUACUUAAAAAAUGCUUACAAUUUGAACCCCCAGAAGACAGACAAGCAGAAUUUAACUGUCUACUGUUCCAUGUCUUUCAGAUGUUAGAUUCUGUCAUAAAACUGCAGUUUUCAUGCUUCCAUUUUUUCUAUUUAUUUUUCAUUCUUCUUUUUCUUACUUCCUUCUUCUCUUCUUUUUUAUUUUCUUCUUUUCUUUUUUUAUUUUCUUUUUUUAUUUUCUUUUUUUAUUUUCUUCUUUUCUUUUUUCUUCUUUUCUUCUUUUUUCUUUUCUUCUUUUCUUCUUUUUUUUCUUCUUUUCUUUUUUCUUUUCUUUUUUCUUCUUUUCUUUUUUAUUUUCUUCUUCUUUUCUUUGUUCUUAUUUUCUUCUUUUCUUAUUUUCGCCUUUUCUUUGUUCUUAUUUUCUUUUUCCUUUUCUUUUUCUUAUUUUACUUUUCUUAUUUCCUUUUCUUUUCUUUUUCUUAUUUUCUUGUUCUUAUUUCCUUCUUUUCUUUUUUCUUUUUUAUUUUCUUUUUGGUUUUUCUUAUUUUCUUCUUCUUUUCUGUUUCUUUUCUUUUAUUUUCUUGA